AUGCGUUCCGAAGAGCAAAGCGGUAUUCUCCCGCUUGAGCCAUUGAGCUUGGUGUCUAUCGCUCUCACCACACAUAAUGUUGCCUGGUCGCCGGAUGCGGAAUUGGCAGUCAGCUCGGAUGACUCCGUAUUCUUGUACCUGCCCGAGUUUCCCUCCAAAGGCACCAAGUCAAAGGCUGCCUCACUCGCAGAUCUUGAGACUAGGCGGCAAUACUCUGAGGUGGCGCUGCGCUUUCCGGCUGUUGAGCUGCGCGCGCCUGAGCUCAACCGGCCGCUCUUCGGCACUGCUAAGCAGGAGUUUCCAGACUUCGAAUUCACUUGGGAGGCAGGCCAAAGCCUCGUCGCGAACAUUGGCAGCUCCUUGAAUCACGUGGUUGCACUAGAAUGGUCCCCCAACGGCCUGGGCCGGCUGAAAAGAUCUGUGCUUGCAGUUCUUACCGGCAGCGGCGCAUUGACGAUCUACUGCGAGGGUGCCGCCAAUGAUUCUGGCAGCGUCAAGAUUAAAAGUCGAAAUAUUCGCACCAUCGGCUCAUGGGUGGCGCCAUGGGGUGUGGGUGGCAACUUGCUCCUGCCGAGAGCCAAGGGCCAUCAGUCUCCUUAUUCAAUGGAGCAUAUCACGUCUUUUGCCUGGGCGAGAGACUUGGACAGAAAUGGUACACUUUUGGCAUACAUGAAUGAUGAGGAUGAGAUAAUCAUCUUGUCGGUACAGUCAAGGCAUGCGAUCGAUGGGACGGAGAACCAUCCUGGGGACUGGAACGUGGAGGAGGUCGCUCGCUUUGCUGGAGAUGGACCUCACGGCAAAGGAGACCCAGCUGAUCCGGAUUACAUGCCCUCCGACUCUUCCUUCGCACUCCGCUGGAGCCCGUGGCUACAACGUCCAGGAGGCAGGACAGCAAUCCUCUCAUACGUGACGAAGAACUACGUGGGCUUCCGUCAAGUCAAGAUCAAAGCCCCCUGGAAAGAAUGGAAAAUCCCAGAAGUUGAGGUCCAGCCAUACGACUGCAGUGGGUUGUGUAUACAUCUCGCGCCAGAUGCAUUUGUUACAUGGGAAGAUUUGAUCUGGACCAAAGGCCUGUCCAAAGAAUGUCGAGGUGUUGUCGCGACGCCCUUCACCGUCCAGUCAUUUAGUGUCGUUUUCGACAAUGCCAUUGAUGAGGGCACCUUGACGAAGCAUUCAACUAACGAUUGCAACACAACGUAUCCGUCACAAGAGCAUGUCAGCCACGCAUCAAAUCCUAUUACUGGGUUGAUCGUACACCCACCAGAUAUAUCAAAGGCGACACAAAUCCCGCACUUCUCCCUGACACGACUUUCUGCAACACCAACAAAUAACGAUUGGUACCAGACAAACCUUUCUUUACCCUCGAAUCCGGAAGAAGCUUCUCCUCGUCCCACAUGGGCAAGCGAAAUUGCUGAGCUCCUUGAAACUAAAGAAGCUUACCCGUUGGCCUACCGAUAUCACAACCCAGACGGCGCCACAAAGUCCGAGUCUGGCGCUGAAGGGAGUAACAACGGAGACGAAGAGGAAGAACAAGACGAUGGUUUGCUUGAUGAUGAGGACGAAGAUGACUUCGAUGACUUUGACGAUGAUGAGGAGCCCGGUAAGCCUGUGCUUUUCCAGGAGUCAAAUGAUCCGUAUGAGGGUAUGGAGAAGAUCUACACGAACCGCAUUCGCAUCUGGGGGAUGGCCUCAAGUCCAGGAAGUGGCGUGACCGCGGUCUUUGCGACACUUUAUAGCGCCAUUAAAGAGGAGCGAUACACGUUUGCCGGACUCAGAAACAGGGUUUUCUUUGGACGAAGCUUGGCACCUGUCGACAACGGAUUUUACAACAGCAGGAAGUUGUCCACGGAGGCCCGCGCCUUCGAAUGGAUGUACGGUGGCGGGCCCCCGGUGCCUGGGGUCGGGGCCGCGCAUGGCACGUCCACCGAGGGCAGCUCUAAGCGUCAAGCUAUCAAGGACGCAUUUCGGGACUUGGCUUCAAAUGCCGCCUGUGUACUAUGCGGUGCCAAGCUUCAUGUGCAGCAUGGGGCUUCAAAGUGUCCAAAUGGCCAUACCUUUGCAAAUUGUGCGGCGACUGGCCUACCGAUCUUGGCGCCCGGCAUAUCGAACAACUGCGCCGUAUGUGGUUCCAAAUGCCUGAAACCUAACGAGAUCCCUGCCAAUGCAGGCGACGCUGCUACGGCGUUUGUGAAGCAGAUAUCCAGUGAGCUAUGUGGAGGGUGUGGCGGCAAAUUUCUAAAUCAGUGA